AUGGCCGCCGUUUUCAAGACCUUCGCCCUUGCAUUUCUGCUCAUCCAAGGAGCUCAAAGCAAGGACCACAGCAGUCAUAAUUGCUGCCUUUUGACCGCAGAAGGAUGGAUUCCUAGAAAUGAUUGGACGAAGGCGGUCUGUGAGGAGCGCUGGGGAUCGGUAGCUACCUUUGACGGCGUCAAGUGCAUACAGAAGCCCGGCAACGUGAUCAGUGGUGACGACUUCUUCACUGCGUGUAAGCUUUAUGGGUACAUCAAUGGUUACCAACAAUGGGAGAGGGGUGCUGGAUACCGUGGCACUUGCUCUUGA